UUCCCUUGGAUGAGAUUAACGAGGCGGACAAAAAUCAACACUACUAUGAGUAGAUAUUCGGAUUAGAUAGAGGGUAAAUUCCCCUCAGUUGAUAGUUUUACGCUUUCCUUUAACGCGUCGUCUCGUUUUUUACCGUGUGUGAUUGACUAGGAGCUGGCGACUGUCAACUGAAGUUGAUUAUUUUUGCCCGAAGCGGAUUGCAGCCAUGAUGGCGUCAAGCUACAACGCUAAGGAAGAGGACGGACACCACUCCGGUGCUGCGAACCAUGGAGGCGCCGGGGUUGUGAAAAGUAAAAAGCCGGACAACACCGCUUUCAAACAGCAAAGGCUACCAGCCUGGCAGCCCAUCCUUACAGCUGGCACCGUGCUGCCUGCUUUCUUCGUUAUCGGUCUCAUCUUCAUCCCCAUCGGCAUCGGCCUGUAUGUCACGUCAAACAACAUCAAAGAGUUCGAGAUUGAUUACACAGGUGUAGAUGUGAACAAUCCAUGUUACAACUGUGCCAAGAACUUCAGCUGGAACAGCACAACACCAUGCCUCUGCUCUGUGCCCUUCACUCUGGAGCAGCCAUUUGAGAGCAAUGUCUUUAUGUACUACGGGUUAUCCAACUUCUAUCAGAACCACAGACGCUAUGUGAAGUCCAGGGAUGACAGCCAACUGAAUGGUGACAAGUCUGCUUUAACGAACCCCAGCAAGGAAUGCGAACCGUACCGUACAAGUGAAGGGCAGGCCAUUGCUCCAUGUGGGGCCAUAGCUAACAGCCUUUUCAAUGACACUCUGGAGCUCUAUCAUAUCGAUUCCAAUGGCACCAGAAAUGCAAUUCCUCUGGUAAAGAAGGGAAUCGCGUGGUGGACAGACAAGCAUGUGAAAUUCAGGAACCCUGGCGGAAACAACAACCUUACGUUAGCUUUCCAAGGCACAAGUAAGCCGGUGAACUGGAGGAAGCCAGUGUUCGAGUUGGACCCAUCAGAUCCUGAGAACAAUGGCUUUAUCAAUGAGGACUUCAUUGUGUGGAUGCGCACAGCUGCGUUGCCCACCUUUCGCAAACUCUAUCGCAUCAUCCAGAAGAAGUCUAGCAUGACUCCGACUCUACCCAGUGGCAAAUACAUCCUGGACAUCACUUACAAUUACCCUGUGCUCAGCUUUGAUGGCCGCAAGCGAAUGAUCCUGAGCACCAUCUCCUGGAUGGGAGGGAAGAACCCCUUCCUUGGCAUCGCCUACAUCACUGUGGGCUCCAUCUGCUUCUUCCUGGGUGUGGUUCUGCUCAUCAUCCACCAUAAAUAUGACAACCGCAACAGCAGCGCAGAUAUUCCAAACUAAAUGGUUGCUCUAUCACGUUUUGCUGUCUAUGCAUGCAUGGGUGACCCUAAAGGGUCCAUUCUGGACUGCUUGUUGACUUUAGCGUGAAUACACUGUUCUCUGUAUUGUUGUGUGUUUGUGUAAAGACAGCAUUGUCUUAAGUGUCUCAUCAAAAGCUGUGUUUUUGAGAAGGGCAACUAAGGCAAAAGAAGGAAGCUAGAGUCUGUCUCUCUGCAUAUAGCUUCAAGUUGGCUGCUGAGAAUGUCAUUUGUCAUUGUCUUCAAAAAAUGUAUUUAUCUUCUAUUUAUCUAUACAUGAUCAAAGUAUCUGUUUUUAUUUUAGCAGUGCUUUGCGAAUGGCUUAAUUGUUGAAGGAUGUGUGUGUUUGUAUUGCAAGUUUUUGUCCCAUAUUAUGUACUGUAAUAUGUCCUGCUGAAGAAUGUACAAUUAUAUUUCAUUGACAUACCUCCGUGAUUUUUGAGAUUACCUUGAAUAUAGUAUGGGAAAAUUGUUGCUGGUGUGCUGUUAAUUAUGGCAAGCAAUGACAUUUAACAAGAAGUAUUUCAUCCUCAAAGAGUCAAUGAAUACUUACUGCAAGAAGUACCAGAAGUGUGGUUAUCUACCCUCAGCUGUGACUUGUUGUAUACAGAGACUGAGCUCGUCAAGGCAUCUUUUUAAUACUAUAAUCUGAUGCUUACUAAUGAUGUAAACUAUCCUUUACCACUAUAUCCAUUAUCCAUAAUUCUAAGACUCUGGGCAGCGUCUCAGGCUGAUUAGAGCACAAAAAUUAUUUUAUAGUUCAGCCUGAGUGUUAGAUUAUCUCCUGUUCUUUAAUGCUGACCAAAUUACAUGCACUUUAAUAGUGUCACAUUUGUUAGUUUCCCCCCCUUGAUUCACUCCAUCUGUUAUAAUGAUUCGUUUCUGGUUUAUUAAUUGAGUAAAUUGUUUAAAUUUGAAAUUUAUGGGUUUUAUAAGGUUUGUAGGGUCCAAUUAAACAACUUGGUGAAUGUA